UCCCUCCUCAGAGGUGUUGGUGCCCUGUGGUGACAUCUGUGGGAAGAGGAUUUAAAGCAGAUGGCUUGGAAAGCCUCCUUGUCCCCGGAGAGAAGUGGAGAUGGCAUGGUGACAGCCAGUGACGGGUUCCGGAUUGGAGGUGAAACCAUGAAGAGAACGUAGAACACAUAAUAAUGCUUUACCGUAAUCGCUUCUUGGUGCUGCUGGCCCUGGCUGGGCUGUUGGCUUUCCUGAGCCUCAGCCUGCAGUUCUUCCACCUGAUCCCAGUGUCCACCACAAAGAAUGGAGGAAGCAGCAAGAGUCGGAAGAGGAUCAUGCCUGACCCCGUGACAGAGCCCCCCACCGUAGAUCCUGUUUAUGAAGCUCUUCUGUACUGCAACAUUCCGAGUGUAGCCGAGCACAGCAUGGAAGGUCAUGCCCCCCAUCAUUAUAAACUGGUCUCCGUUCACGUGUUCAUUCGCCACGGGGACAGGUACCCACUGUAUGCCAUUCCUAAAACAAAGCGGCCGGAAAUCGACUGCACUCUAGUGGCGAGCAGGAAGCCGUAUCACCCUAAACUGGAAGCUUUCGUUAGUCACAUGUUGAAAGGGUCCGGAGCCUCUUUUGAAAGCCCCUUAAAUUCCCUGCCUCUCUAUCCUAACCAUCCUCUGUGUGAGAUGGGAGAGCUCACGCAGACAGGAGUCGUGCAGCAUCUGCUGAAUGGCCAGCUGCUGAGGGACAUCUAUCUGAGGAAACACAAACUUCUGCCAAACAACUGGUCCUCAGACCAACUUUACCUAGAGACCACAGGGAAGAGCCGCACCCUGCAGAGCGGGCUGGCCCUGCUCUAUGGCUUCCUCCCAGAGUUUGACUGGAAGAAGGUUUACUUCAGGCACCAGCCAAGUGCCCUGUUCUGCUCUGGAAGCUGCUACUGCCCGCUGAGAAACCAGUAUCUGGAGAAGGAGCAGCGACGCCAGUACCUGCUCCGUCUGAAGAACAGCGACCUAGAGAGGACCUACGGGGAGAUGGCCAAGAUUGUGGACAUCCCCACCAAGCAGCUCCGGGCAGCCAACCCCAUCGACUCCAUGCUCUGCCACUUCUGCCACAACGUCAGCUUCCCCUGCAGCAGAAGCGGCUGCCUUGGCAUGGAGCACUUCAAGGUGAUCAAGACGCACCAGAUAGAGGACGAGCGGGAAAGGCACGAGAAGCUCCUGUACUUUGGGUAUUCCCUCCUCGGGGCCCACCCCAUCCUGAAUCAGACAGUUAACCGGAUGCAGCGUGCUGCCUCGGGCUGGAGGGACGAGCUGUUCACCCUGUACUCCGCUCACGAUGUCACCCUGUCUCCCAUCCUCAGUGCCUUGGGUCUUUUAGAAGCCAGGUUCCCGAGGUUUGCUGCCAGGCUGGUUUUUGAGCUCUGGCAAGACCGUCAGAAGCCCAGCGAACAUUCCGUCCGGAUUCUUUAUAACGGGGCUGACGUCACCUUCCACACCUCCUUCUGCCAUGACUUCCACAAGCGCUCUCCCAAGCCCAUGUGUCCUCUUGAGAACUUGGUCCGCUUUGUCAAAAGGGAUAUGUUUGUAGCCCUGGAUGGCAGUAGUACUAACUAUUACGAUGCAUGCCACGGGGAAGGGGCCUAGGAGGUGUCGGCACAGCGGUGUUUUAUUGCUGGUUCUGUCUGUUGCUAAGAUGUCAAGGUACGGAGUUCUAAUGGAUGGCAUCAGGUGGGGUGAGCAUGCUCAUGGGUUGAGGCAAACAGGAAGCACAUAACACUAUGUUACUUGGUACAGAAUAGCCAGUUCACAGAGGAAAGAAGGUACGUGUUCACGGCCGUGUGCAGCUUAGAAUGCCAACAUGAGGCUCAGUACUCACAGUUGCCAAGCCAACCUUAAAUAUUUUUUGGCCUGCCAUGGGACCAGCAAACCUCUGCCAAAAUCUUCUUAAUCUCGGACAUUUACCUUAACCUUGUUGAGUGGAAAUUUUCCCAGAGUGAUGAGUUCAGAGUGUACUUGGCAGCCUUUUUCUGGAGGGACCAGAAGGUAGGUCAGUAUCUUAGACUUUGUAGACCUGAAGGUCACAGAGACUAUCUGUCAUACCUUCUCAGUUGUGCUCUGGUGACGUGACGAUCCAUAAAUGGGCAUGUGUAGUUCCACAGGCCAAACAGAAUGGGCGGCAGCCAGCUCGGGCUCACGGGCUGUGUUGGCUGACUCAUCUUUAAAGCAGCCUGUACCGCUGUACUUUGUCACUUUGAGAGCCGACUCUCCGCUGUUCAGCAGGUCCUAUGGUAAUGUCUGCUAGAAGCACACUAUUGGGUCUGUAUCUGAUGUGAUCAUAAGCCCAGGGAAAUGAACACUGGGUCAGAAAGCGUGUAGGAAAUUGUUACAGUACUUGACACUCAUGAGGGUCGUGGCACAAAAUAGCUUUAAGUGUGUUUUAGAUAUUUGUCUGCUGUAGUCUAUUGGCUGCAUAUGCUGGGAUUUUUGUAUUCCAUUUAGUAUUUUUAUAGUCUAGGAAAAUAUUUUCUGAGACCAGUUUUAGAUGUGUUUGGAUUCUUAUAGAAAUAUUCGAUUCACUGCACCUGCUUGGUGGUUGGAAGGAGGCCAAAAGCUCAAUUCGGUGCCCCCCCAAAAUAAAUAACUAAUGACUCAUUCAUUCCCUUUGACAAGCUGUGGAAUUGGGUCCAUUUUUAAACCAUUUUCAUCAAUUUUAAAUGCCAAAUUCCAAUUGAUUUUUAAAGAGGUUUCUAGAAAAAAAAAAAAAAACUUUGUUACUCCGUAGUUAAAUAAUCUUUCUAAAGUGUUUUAUAUCUUAGGUAUAAUUACAACUCACUCUGUGGCUCCUGGGUUAACGGUGCUAGUUUGUUCCGAAGACGUGGCCCAUGCAGGUGGGACUCUCCAGCUUCCGCAUUCCAACCUUUCUCUUCCUUUGUGUCUGGUGUUGCAUUUGAACACGGUUUGUUUUUAGAAAUAAAAAUUUUUGAAUUCUUACAGUA